AUGGAGUCAGCUCUCCACGAUGCUACGACUCGAUUCAUCGAGCGCCACCCUGAAUCGCAACGUCUGCAUAAGCUAUCACUUGAGAGCUUACCGGGAGGUAACACCCGCACUCUGCUGCACACGGCCCCCUUUCCAGUGUUCAUGCGCAAGGGCGAAGGUUCUGAACUGUGGGACGAGGAUGGAAACAAAUAUUAUGAUCUGGUCGGCGAAUUAUCCGCCGGGCUAUUUGGCCACUCUCACCCGACCCUGCAAAAAGUCUUAACAGACACCAUUCAGAAGGUCGGGCUGAGUCUUGGAGCAACGAAUGUCUACGAACAGCGAUAUGCAUCGUUGCUGUGUGAGCGGUUCGGACUUGAACGGGUUCGAUUUACAAACUCUGGAACAGAAGCAAACAUACACUGUCUUGCCGCGGCUAGAAAAUUCACUGGUCUUCGUAAGAUCAUCGUCUUCCGCGGAGCCUAUCAUGGUAGCGUGCUAUCCUUUGUAGAUAGCAUCCCGGAGAACAACGUCGACCAGGCUGAUUGGGUACUACUGCAAUACAACGAUUCCGAGGGUGUUCGGGAAGCGUUUUCCCAGAAUAACGAUAUUGCCGCUGUCAUUCUGGAGGGUAUCCAGGGAGCUGGUGGGUUCAUUUCCGCAACCCCCGAGUUCCUACAAACAAUCCGCGAGGAGAGUGAGAAAGCGGGGGCAUUAAUGAUUUUGGAUGAGGUGAUGACGUCUCGAUUGGCACCGGGGGGAGUGAAAGAUCUGCUCGGGAUUAGACCAGAUCUUAUCACUCUGGGCAAAUAUCUGGGCGGAGGCUUGCCAUUUGGGGCUUUCGGUGGCCGAGGAGAUAUUAUGGAUGUUUUCAACCCGCUCACGCCUGGGGCUUUGGCACACUCUGGCACAUUCCAGAAUAACACUUUGAUGUUGCACUCUGGGUAUGCAGGACUCUCUGAAGUCUAUACCGCUGAAGUUGCUCAGUCGUUCAAUGCUCAAGGCGAUGACUUGCGUCAGCGAUUGGGCCGAGUCUUUGCGGGAUCUAAGUUCUGCAUCACGGGCCAGGGUUCUCUUAUGUGCGUUCAUGUCACUAAGACAGGACUUCGCGCGGAGCAAAUCACUUGUCGAGAUGAUGUUGCGGCAGUAGAGGCCACGGAUCUCAAGGAGCUUUUCUGGUUGGAACUGGUGAAUGCAGGGUAUUGGGUACAGAGUCGAGGAACAAUCACCUUGAACAUCGCCAUGUCUACCACAGCCCUCGAUGCGUUUGUGAAAGCUGUAGAGGAGUUUUGCAAGAGAUAUAGAUCUUUGGUUGUACUUUAG